CCUCUCGCUCGCUCGCUCGCGGUGAGCUCGGAGCCGAGCGGAGCCGAGCGGAGCCGAGGCUGCCCAGCCGGGGCCCCGCCCGCUACGCGUCCCCUUCCGCCCGUCGGCCCGUCCUGGACCCAGCGUCCUCGGCCUCCCGCAGGGGCCCGCACCGAGGCCGGAACCAGCGCCACGGGCUGCCGGGGCCGCCCGGGAGAUGAAAUGACAACUUCAACUCUCCAGAAGGCCAUUGAUCUGGUGACGAAGGCGACAGAGGAGGAUAAAGCCAAGAAUUAUGAGGAGGCAUUGCGGCUCUACCAACACGCUGUGGAAUAUUUCCUACAUGCAAUCAAAUAUGAGACACACAGUGAUAAAGCAAAGGAGAGCAUCCGGAGAAAGUGUAUGCAGUACCUGGACCGGGCGGAGAAGCUGAAGGAUUACUUACGGAAUAAAGACAAGCAAAGCAAAAAGCCAGUGAAGGAGGCUCCCAAUGACAGCAAGGGAAGUGACAGCGACAGUGAAGGAGAGAAUCCAGAGAAGAAGAAACUGCAAGAACAGCUGAUGGGGGCCAUCGUCAUGGAGAAGCCCAACAUUCGGUGGAGUGACGUGGCUGGACUGGAGGGAGCCAAGGAAGCGCUUAAAGAGGCUGUCAUCCUGCCCAUUAAGUUCCCACACUUGUUCACAGGCAAGCGCACCCCCUGGAGGGGGAUCCUGCUCUUUGGACCUCCUGGCACAGGGAAAUCUUACCUGGCAAAGGCUGUGGCAACAGAAGCCAACAACUCCACCUUCUUCUCGGUGUCCUCCUCAGAUCUGAUGUCCAAAUGGCUGGGGGAGAGCGAGAAGCUUGUCAAAAACCUCUUUGAGCUGGCCAGGCAGCACAAACCCUCCAUCAUCUUCAUCGACGAGGUGGAUUCCCUCUGCGGAUCUCGGAAUGAGAAUGAGAGCGAGGCUGCCCGGAGGAUCAAGACGGAGUUCCUGGUCCAGAUGCAGGGGGUCGGGAACAACAAUGAUGGCACCUUGGUCCUGGGCGCCACAAACAUCCCCUGGGUGUUGGAUUCAGCCAUUAGAAGGAGGUUUGAAAAACGAAUUUACAUCCCACUGCCUGAGGAAGCAGCCCGGACCCAGAUGUUCCGACUGCAUCUCGGGAACACCCCACAUAGCCUCACCGAGGCCAACAUCCUCGAGCUAGCCCGCAAGACAGACGGCUACUCGGGAGCAGACAUUAGCAUCAUUGUGCGGGAUUCUCUCAUGCAGCCUGUGCGAAAAGUGCAGUCAGCAACACACUUCAAAAAGGUUCGGGGUCCUUCUCGCACCAACCCUGGAGUCAUGAUAGAUGACCUUCUGACCCCCUGCUCUCCAGGAGACCCUGGAGCCAUUGAGAUGACUUGGAUGGAUGUACCCAGUGACAAGCUGUUGGAGCCUGUGGUGUGCAUGUCUGACAUGCUUCGGUCUCUGGCCACCACCCGACCCACCGUCAAUGCAGAAGACCUUCUGAAAGUGAAGAAAUUCUCAGAGGACUUUGGACAGGAAGGUUAAAAGCUUCUGUUGGGGUGAUGACGAGGGGGGAGGUUGACCAGGGGAAGUCCACAGCACUUCCUGUCCCCAUGCCAGCAGCCAGACAGGGCCCCACGUGGCUAAUCCCAG